AUGGAAGAUUCGGGAACGAUUGGCAAAAGAAAGAAAUUAUUGAGAUUGGGAGGAUUUGAGAUGGGUUUCGCGCAUGAUGAAGAGAUGAUGGAUGGUGGGGAGGGAAAUGAGGAAACGUAUUUUACCAGUGUUGAAUGGCCUGAUCCACAGUCGGCGUGGCUCUCGCGUUCCAAACCGUUGGUUUGUAGAUCGCUUGUGUCUGGUGUCCCGCUUGCUGGAGAGAUGAUAGAUGUGGGUGGAAAGGAUGGACUGGUAAUUUCCACCGGGAAGGGAGGUCAGCUUCCUGCGUGGUUUGAAUAUCCUAAACCACUGGUGCAUAGACCGGCUGUGUCUGGUGUCCCAGCUGUCGAAAAGAGUUCUUCAUGGUUUGGAGGGGAUGGUUACGCUAGGCCGCUUGUUCUCAGACCUGCUGUAUCCGGUGUCAUGGAUGCUGAAGGGGCUUCUUCACAGGUCAUGUGCGGCAAUCGUACUAAGCCGCUUGUUCUCAGGCCAGCUGCACAUGAUAUCUCUGUUGUCGAAGAGACUUCUCCACAAGUCGUACAGAAAACCCGCACUAAGUCACUUGUUCAUAGACCUGCUCUACCCAAAAAUCCCAGACGGCACAAUCUUGCAGAACAGGCGCGAAUCAUGCAACUACAAUCCACACUUCCGCAUCGACCUCGAGUAACUGACAAGUCUCGCGAUUCAAGACGCAGAUAUAAAGAGGCUGUGAGGAAGUGGACAGAACGCAAGAGAGAACGUGAAGAAAGGGAGAGACGGAAUGAGAGAAAGAAACUCGGCGAAAGCCGAGGAAGUGAUCAAUAUGAAAAUUCACAUCGCCAGAUCGAUCCUGCGAUCAUCAAACAAGACAUCCAGGACAUACAUGCAGAUCUUCCUCGCGCGGUUGGUAAUGAUGAACACGAAACGCUUCAAGCGUGUAAUCCGCCUCUUAAUGAGUGGCACGGGAUCAUCCCGAUUUCAGAAACCAAAAUGUCGACUGAUACACUAAUCUCAGUCCUUGUUGCCGAAAUCAUGAAAGAAAGACAACAUGUAGAUGAGGUGAAGAAUUUUGUUAACAAAAAGCAUACCCUUGAAGAAUGGCAGAAUUGGGGUAAAAUUCUAGCGGAGCGGAUGGAUAAGGAGAAGAAAAACUGGGAAGAGUAUAGAGAGAUGAGGAGGAAAGAAGAGUCGAGGGAUCAUGGAGGCCCAAAAUUCGAUACCUCAAUGAGGGGAGAAUGGGCAUGGGAGCCUCUUUCAAUCCAGUCGGUUUACGGUUGGCUAGACAAGCUUGACAAGGUUCUUGAAGAAGCAGAGAAUCGUUCACUCGAGACUCAUUGCGAAUUGAAGGAAGUUGAGAGGGAAAGUGUGGAGCAGAGGGCGGCGAAGCGCGAGAAAACACGGGUUGUAGAGAGAAAUGUGCGGGCCUAUGUUGACUCUGAUUCUGAUGAUAUGUCGGCUGUGGGAUCGGGAAAGCGCAAGCAAUUGCCUCUUCGACAGAAAAAAUAA